AUGGGUCAGACACUCUCAGAACCCGUCGUCGACAAGAAAUCCGAAAACGGCGAUGGCGAGUCACUUAUCUACGGUGUGUCGUCGAUGCAGGGCUGGCGGAUCAGCAUGGAGGACGCGCAUGCCACCGUACUAGACUUUGCAGGUGAAGAAGGCAAACCCACGGGCAACGACAAGCGACUCGCCUUCUUCGGUGUAUACGACGGACACGGUGGUGACAAGGUGGCGCUGUAUGCUGGCGAGCAGCUACAUCAGAUUGUCGCAAAACAAGAGGCUUUCAAACAAGGAGACAUCAAGAAGGCUCUACAAGACGGCUUCCUUGCCACAGACCGCGCGAUAUUGAGUGACCCCAAGUACGAAGAGGAAGUUUCUGGCUGCACUGCCACAGUCGGUGUCCUGUCAAAAGACAAGAUUUACGUCGCCAACGCAGGUGACUCGCGUACCGUCCUAGGUGUCAAGGGCAGGGCAAAGCCGCUCUCUUUCGACCACAAGCCGCAGAACGAAGCCGAGAAGGCACGUAUCCAAGCAGCAGGUGGCUUCGUCGACUUUGGCCGCGUGAACGGCAACCUGGCUCUAUCGCGCGCCAUCGGUGACUUCGAGUUCAAGAAGAGCGCCGACCUUCCUCCCGAGCAGCAGAUAGUCACUGCCUUCCCAGAUGUUGAGAUACAUGACAUCAACCAAGACGACGAGUUCUUGGUCGUUGCCUGCGAUGGUAUCUGGGAUUGUCAGUCUUCUCAAGCCGUCGUCGAGUUCGUUAGGCGCGGGAUUGUCGCAAAGCAGGAUCUUGCCUCCAUUUGCGAGAACAUGAUGGAUAACUGUCUGGCUUCGAACAGCGACACAGGAGGUGUUGGCUGUGACAAUAUGACGAUGAUUGUCAUUGGUCUCCUGCAGGGAAGGACAAAGGAGCAGUGGUACGAGGACAUCGCAAAGCGGGUUGCGAAUGGUGAGGGUCCAUGUGCGCCGCCAGAGUACGGCAACCGAGUUCCGCGUCGAUUCCGACCGAACAACGGCAACGGCAACGGCGGCCGCAUCAUCCUUCUCGGCGACGGCACUGAAGUCUCGACUGGAGACAAUGACGGCGAGAUGUUCGACAACGAGGAUGAAGACAAGGACCUGGAUUCGCAAGUCAACAAGUACAACCAGGAGGCCAACGCCAAAUCCCGCCAAGAUCGCGAAGGCACCCCUGGUCCUCAGCAUGAGAGCAAGGUCCAAGUGACCGAGUCGCCCUCGUCUGUACAGACGGAGAAGUCUGACGCACCCGAGUCCCAAUCUGAAGCACCCAAGACGAGUGAGAAGUAG